CUGGCCGGCUUAGCUGUCCAAUGCCCACCCGGAGCUGGGAGGAGGAGCCUGCGUAGAGUGCGUGUGAAGGGAGCAAGGGGAACGGCCCGGGGCCCUUGGUGUUUGACCCGUCCGUCGGUGCGUAAGAAGAAAGGAAAGGAGGCGGCGGUCCAGAGUAGCGGUUGCCGAAAUGUUCCGGUGUGGAGGCUUGGCGGCGGGUGCUUUGAAGCAGAAGCUGGCGCCCUUGGUGCGGACGGUGUGCGUCCGAGGCCCGAGGCAGAGGAACCGGCUCCCAGUUGUGCAGUGUCAUCACCUAGGAUCCCCUUCUAGAUCACUAGCGUCUACAGGUGCUUCUGGGAAAGAUGGCAGCAGCCUAGUAUACUUCUUAAUUGUAGGAGCAACAGUCACUGGGGCAGGAGUUUAUUAUGCCUACAGGACAAUAAAAGAUAACAAAAAAAGAUAUAAUGAAAGAAUUGCAGGAUUAGGGCUGACACCAGAAGAGAAGCAGAAAAGGGCCACAUCAUCUGCUCCAGAAGGAGAGCCGGUUCCUCAGGUCAGGGUACCAAGUCAUGUUCCAUUCUUGCUCAUUGGUGGAGGCACUGCUGCUUUUGCUGCAGCCAGAUCCAUCCGGGCUCGGGAUCCUGGGGCCAGGGUGCUGAUUGUAUCUGAAGAUCCUGAGCUGCCAUACAUGCGACCUCCUCUUUCAAAAGAACUGUGGUUUUCAGAUGAUCCAAAUGUCACAAAGACACUGCGAUUCAGACAAUGGAAUGGAAAAGAGAGGAGCAUUUAUUUCCAGCCACCUUCUUUCUAUGUCUCUGCCCAGGACCUGCCUCACAUUGAGAAUGGGGGAGUGGCUGUCCUCACUGGGAAGAAGGUAGUACAGCUGGAUGUGAGAGGCAACAUGGCGAAACUUAAUGAUGGCUCUCAAAUAACCUAUGAAAAGUGCUUGAUUGCAACAGGAGGCACUCCAAGAAGUCUCUCUGCCAUCGACAGGGCUGGAGCAGAGGUGAAGAGUAGAACAACACUUUUCAGAAAGAUUGGAGACUUUAGAACCUUAGAGAAGAUUUCCCGGGAAGUCAAGUCGAUUACGAUUAUCGGUGGGGGCUUCCUUGGUAGCGAACUGGCCUGUGCUCUUGGCAGAAAAGCUCGAGCCUUGGGCACAGAGGUGAUUCAGCUCUUCCCCGAGAAAGGAAACAUGGGAAAGAUCCUCCCUGAAUACCUCAGCAACUGGACCAUGGAAAAAGUCAGACGAGAAGGGGUUAAGGUGCUGCCCAAUGCUAUUGUGCAAUCAGUUGGAGUCAGCGGUGGCAAGUUACUCAUCAAGCUGAAAGAUGGCCGGAAGGUAGAAACUGACCAUAUAGUGGCAGCUGUGGGCCUGGAGCCCAACGUCGAGUUGGCUAAGACUGGUGGACUAGAAAUAGACUCUGAUUUCGGUGGCUUCCGGGUCAAUGCAGAACUCCAGGCCCGCUCUAACAUCUGGGUGGCAGGAGAUGCCGCAUGUUUCUACGAUAUAAAGUUGGGUAGGAGGCGAGUAGAGCACCAUGAUCACGCUGUUGUGAGUGGAAGAUUGGCCGGAGAAAAUAUGACUGGAGCUGCUAAGCCAUACUGGCAUCAGUCAAUGUUCUGGAGUGAUUUGGGCCCUGAUGUUGGCUAUGAAGCUAUCGGUCUUGUGGACAGUAGUUUGCCUACAGUUGGUGUUUUUGCAAAAGCAACUGCACAAGACAACCCCAAAUCUGCCACAGAGCAGUCAGGAACUGGUAUCCGAUCAGAGAGUGAGACGGAGUCCGAGGCCCCGGAAAUCACUCUGCCCGUCGGCAGCCCUGCGGUCCCCCAGGCCCCCACCCAAGGGGAGGACUACGGCAAAGGCGUCAUCUUCUACCUCCGGGACAAAGUGGUGGUAGGGAUCGUGCUGUGGAACGUCUUCAACCGAAUGCCCAUCGCGAGGAAGAUCAUUAAGGACGGUGAGCAGCACGAAGAUCUCAAUGAAGUAGCCAAGCUCUUCAACAUUCAUGAGGACUGAAGGCCCUUGUGCAAUAGGCAGGCACUUCGCCGUCCCUGACAGCAGUCGGAUGGGUAAAGGAGCAUUUUUUAUUGCGCAGCCUUCCUCUGUAUGUAUGAGUAUGAAUGAUCAGGUCCUUUUUGAAUGUCUCAACCAUGUAGGCAAAUUCUUAAUGUUCACGUCACCGAAUAAAACCUGAUUCUUCUAAAUUAAA